GUGAGGGUGGUUUGAAAGUGGGCACGGCUGGUGGCUGUACUUGUUGCAGACUAAGGUGUGUCCGAUAAAUCUUUUACUCAGGAUACUGCAGACAAUUGGUUCCAAAGUUCAAGGGUACAAAUACACAAGAGAACAGCGCGGAGUUGGAAAACCAGAAGAAGACGAGUAAAAGAGAAGUGUCAAGGUGAUUAAUUUGGGAUUUCUUUUUUUCUAAUUAAGUCACUGGCGUGAACAGGAAUAAACACAGACAAGACAAAAUAUGGCAGACAAGACAAGUCCGAGAGGCAAUUCUGGUGACUUUGCUAAAAAAGUCCAAAGACAGCUGAGCAGAGGCAAAGAAAAGGUAAUGCAAAGGCUGGGAAAGUCAAUGGAGACCAGAGAUGACCUUUUUGAACAUUGUCUCCAAAACUUUAGUGACCAGCAGACUGAUGGGAACCGAAUAUACAAGGACUUGAGGGUCUACGUUAAUGCAGUUAGAGACAUGCGUGAAGCUUCAAGACGCCUUUCCCAGUCUCUGUUUGAUGUUUAUGAAUCUGACUGGGCUGGAGAGGAAGAUUUAGGAGCCAUUGUUGAGGGGGAGGACCUCCUGUGGAAUGACUACGAGGUGAAGCUAUUAGACCAGGCCGUGCGCACCAUGGAGUCCUACGUGAGCCAAUUCCCUGAUGUUAGGGACAAAAUUGCCAAGAGGGGAAGAAAGCUGGUUGACUACGACUCCUCCCUUCACCAGCUAGAGGCACUGCAGACUGCGAAAAAGAGGGAUGAUGUCAAGAUAAGCAAGGCAAAAGAAGAGAUGAAUACUGCCAAAGUUAUCUAUGAGGGGAUCAAUAACGAUCUGAAAGAGGAGCUCCCAGUUCUCUUUGACAGUCGUAUUGGAUGCUACGUAGCUGUCUUCUCAGCUGUGUCAAAUUUACGAGACAUCUUCCACAAGGAAAUGAGUACACUCAAUCAAGAUCUACAAAAUGUGAUAAAGGAGCUGCAGGCUCAGCAUCCAGACAAAGCAUUUGCUGUAAAGGGAUUGUCCCGGUAUGGCUCACUGAAAAGACGAAGUCUGAUCUCUCCAAAGGCUUGGAAGGCCAGCUUUUCUGAGGUUCACAGGAGCUUCAGUCCUAGAACGAGCCAGCGGUUUAGUUUCAGAUCCCCGGAAAAACCUCGACACAGCACCUUGUCCAGAGAAGGCAGCAUGCUUAGAGGGUCUUUAGUCGAGUCCAGGGAACUGGAUGUAGGGUCGUACCAAAGUGAGGUCCACAGCCCUUCUGCACAGGAAGAUGCUGUAGAGAGUGCAUCAGGAAGUGAGCUGAAGUCGGGAGACAACAACAAUCAAGUUGAAGGAGAAAAGGCUGUGAAAGAAGAAGAGCCCAAGCCGCCCGUAGAAUCGGAAAAUAAAGGAGAUGGAAAAAAAGAUCUACCAAGUGCAAGCAGCUCUGAACAAAAUAACUCCUAUGAAUCAGAUAGCUUGGAGCUCCAGCUGUCUGCAGCAGACAAUGGCCCACUGCACAUUGAAGAGAUGGACGACAGCCCGGUAACCCUUGAAACUCCAAAACUGAACAGACUGGAGAAUGGUGACGCUUCUGGCUUGAAUUCUGACGCCAAGGAUCUGAGCAUUCCUCAGAAGGACGUCCCUGCAGAGAAAGAGAUAUCCUCGAACUCAAAAAACACAAUGGUUUAAAGUUUUCAUAAUAAAACAAAAGGUUUGUGUGUUUCAUUUUGUUCUACAAGAUGCCAUAUUAUUAUUUCUCUUCUUUCUUUGUCUGCGUUUCUUCAUUUGGCUCACUUUAUCAUCAACCUUUGAACGCCAGAACCAAACAGCGCCGAACUGACUGAAGUCAACAGCUGCAGAAGAAAGAAAAAAAGACAGGGCGACAGUUGCAACUGACAAGUUCAACUGUGAUUUCACAACUGACGAACUGUUGCUGUUAGUUUUCUUAUUUAUCUUUUAAGGAAAUCAACUUUACAUAUGUAUUGGUGUCUUUGGGAAAACCUAUAUUUUCAUAAACUCACUCACUGCAUUAUUAAAGCAAAUACAUUUUAAAAUGAGGGAUUUAUACAACUAAUGCUAGCAAAGACAGAAGCUCUACAUAGGUUUACACUGCUAAAAAGAUACUGACCACAGAAUGGUUAAUCUACACAGAUAUGAUAUGUUUCUGUCUCUGUGUAAACGUGAAGAGAAUGCCAUUCCACUCUUAUUGUGGAACCAACAAGGAGGCGUUUUAAUCAUUUUAGCCUUUUAGUCUGUUUUAUUAUUUCUUUUUAUUUGUUUUUGAUUAGAUUUUAUUAAUUAUGCCUGCAGUGUGAGGACAAACUUUGUAAUUCUGAAAAAUAAACAUAGUUCAAAUUUUGUUUAUACUAAA